UUUUGAGACCAAAAUGGAGCAAAAGAGCAGCAUUGUUUGUUCCUGUGGCUGUCAAAUUCAACAGUGGCACAAUAUCGGCCUCAACUGACAAACAUUAUGAAUCGUAGUCUCAGUCAUCCUCUUCAAAUGAGAAUGAGCAAAAUGAUUGACAGGUGAAAAGCAUUAAUGUCUGCAGACACAUUUUUGUUUGUUGUUGACAAAGUCUUCAGCUGUCACAGAGAUGACACAGAGACGCGAAAUAUGCAGGACUUACUUCACUUAUUUCAUUAAUAUCUUUAAGGGAGUAGAACAUUUCUGAGUACUUUUCCAUGAAAAAUGGCUUACAGCACCUUUAAAAUGAGCGUGAUAAAGACGAAGAAGAAAGGGAAAAGGGUGAAUCAAAUAAAUUAGACAGACAAAAUGAUGGCACUUCACCCAUCCAAGUGGGAGGGGCUGCUUGGCAUCCUUUAAUUAUUUGCCUACUGUCCACAUCACAACGCCUAAUUAAGCCGUGACUGAUAGUUUAUUUAAAGGAGCGGAAUUGGGCCGGAGGCAAGCUAGGUUAUACGGGGUUAAAGCUUGCAGAUUUGGCUUUCCUGUUUAAAUGACGACGAUGACAGAAAGUUUCAUCGUGCAUCUCCUCAUCCUGACUUUGUUAGCGGAGUUUCGUGAUGUGAGGGCCUAUCCACGGAGCUCUGACCCCCGGAUGCCCUUUACAUCCGGUCGGUCACAGAUGAGUGAAACAUUUCUAAUGAAGCAACAGACGAGCAACGUGAAAGACUCGCCCGGUAGACCGAUCACGCGUGUGAAAACCGUAACCGUGACUUGCCACGAGAACUACAUGGAGAUUGCGAUUAAGGCGGAUCUAUUUGAUCUUGGUUUACCGGUGGAUGCGUCAGAGUUGCGGCUUGGAGCAGACAGUCAGUUUAUUCCUGCAUGUAAAGUGACGGCGUCCUCUUCAAACCAGUUCAUCAUUGCAGCUGAACUCACUGACUGCGGCACUCAACACUGGAUCACAGAUGAAUCUCUUAUUUACACAAACCUUCUCAUCUUCUCUCCACAACCCUCUCCUGAUGGGGUGAUUCGACUGGAGAAUGCGGUAGUUCCUAUUGAAUGCCAUUACAGCAGGAGGUUUGACGUAACCAACAAGCCCAUCAGGCCAACAUGGAUUCCUUUCAGUUCAACACAAUCCACGGUGGAGGACCUGCAGUUUUCACUAAAGUUAAUGACGAGUGAUUGGAGCUCUGCACGGGCCUCUGGCGUGUACUUCCUGGGUGAUACUAUAAACAUGGAAGCCUCAUUUCGUCUAGAUCAUCACGGCAACCUCCGUAUUUUUAUCGAGAGCUGUGUUGCCACGGUGACUCCUGACAUUAACUCUGUCCCCAGAUACACAUUUAUUGAAAAUCAUGGGUGUUUGAUGGACGGACAGCUAACAGGCUCAAAAUCACGUUUCCUUGCCCGAAUCCAGAAUGACAGACUUCAACUCCAGCUGGAUGCCUUCAGGUUCCACCAAGAGAAGAGGCCUGAGAUAUACAUCACAUGUAUUCUUCAAGCUUACCCUGUAAUGGAUGAAGUUAACCCUGUUCAUAAAGCAUGCUCCUUCAUCGAUGGAAGCUGGAGGUCUUCAGAUGGAGAUGAUUGGACUUGUUACAGCUGCCAAAAACGGAAGGAUUACGCUCCGUCCUUCCGCCUCGAGCAGGAACAGUCUUUGCCCCCUCAUGGUUCCCUAACAGACCAGACCUCAUAUACCCACAGGCCCAGCAAAUUCCAACCCAGAAUUCAAGACAGUUCUGGAAGUUCCUUAAAUGUCUUACAAACGUCAAGUGAGCCUUUCCCUCCUUCCUGGAGGAGCAUAAUUGUUCCUCAGGAGGAAGAGAGUGGAUCAGUGGGCUGGGAACAGGAGAAAACAGUGGGUCCACUGACCAUCUUUCCAAAGAAAACCGAAAUGGGAUUUUUGGCUCCCCCCAGAGUGAAGGAAGGUGUUCCGCCUUCCCCUUCUCUCAGUAAAGGCAAGAGACCAAUUCCUCAUAGCAGCCUAUGGAAAAGUGGUGCCACUGCAGGAAUGGACAUGGAAGGUGAUGUAACUCACCCCUCCUCAUUGGAACCCACUGAACAAUCCAAUAUCACUGCAAGUGAACCAGAACCCAAACAGCUGGAAGAUGAAGAUGAUGAUGAGUAUGAGGAGGAAGAUGAGGAUGAUAACAGUGAUGAAUAUGCAGAGGAAGAUGAAAAGGCAGGAGAAGCUACCAAAGACAUGUGGGACGUUGAAGUCUUGCCAGAAAACGAUCUGGAGAAGCUCUUUACAACGAAGUCCUCUUCAAUUGAUGAAGACUAUGUAGUGACUGCAUUGGACACAAGCCCUUCCCUUCUAGAUGAGGUGGAGCCAACUGCCACAGAUCACCCUCUUAAGGACACCUUGGUGACAAAUCUAUGGAAGGCUAUGGAUGCUGACAAAGAUGAAAUGGAUCCAACAGGGGUGGAGGAAAGCCUCGUCCUUAAAACACGAGCAGAAUUGAACACAUAACAGAAGUUUCACAAUUUGAACUGAUACAGUUUAAGAAAUAAAUAUUCCAGGAUUUAAUUGUUUUGUUUUUGUGAGUUAUUACAGCUCAUAGGUUUAGUUGAUGUAUAUGGAAAGACAUAGGAUCUGUUCUGCACUCAUUCUUGAUGGAAUGCUGCCUUUUAUGAAACCACAUUUUAUUUUUGGUAUGAUUUUCUAGUAAAUGGAAUCACAGAUCAAAAUAGUAGAUACAAAGACCUUGUGAAAGGCCUACAUUCUUGAUACCAAGAUGUUGUAUAGUUGUGGUGUGCACUCUCCACUGGAGCAAACUAAGUGUCUAAAGAAACAGAGCAAUGUUAGUGACGUCCUCUACCAAACUGACUACUUGCAAAGUUUAAGAUAAAUGGGAGUUUGCUGUGAUUUAAGUCUUUCAUAUGGUUUCAAAUACUGAUUUGCAGCAAAAUAAGGUGACUACAACUGACACACUUAAUAUAGCUUCGCUACUAGUGUCUAUAAUUUGGGCUCUGAAAGUUCCUGUUCAUUGCAUGUAUUGCUUCUGUUAUUGCAAUCAAACACAAAUCUGCCCAUUUUAUUUUUUUUUCCCCACUAAGAAUAUCUGUGGUAAAUAUUAGAAACUACCAUGUUUUAAUUGGCUGGGUUGUAGUGAAGACUGUCACAGUUAAGAUUCAUACACAAUGAAGUUUGACAAAUAUUUUCCCAAACUAUGAAGUGCAUAAAUUAAAUUGACAAAGCUUAUUGCCAUUAAAAACAGCGGAAACAGUAGGUAAAAAAACACAUAACUGCAGUAAACAUUUCUUCAGCCUAUUGUGAGAUGUUGAGGGGUUUCUACACAAAAAAUCCUCCACUUUUUAAUCUUGUACAUGUUA